CAGGAAUCAUCUCGCUUGCAGAAGCUGCUUUACUCGGGGCUGAAGAGAAAGCCUAGAGGAUGGAGGAUGAAGAAGGAUACAUGACAAUAGACAGAGGAAGCAGAGACACCUAUGCGCCACCUGUUCCCCCAAAGCCACAAGGUAUGGACCAAAACUGAGUUACAGUAAGCUUUAACUAGCUGGCAAGCAAAUAUUCCUGUCAAGGGUGUUUGAUCAGUGGCGUAGCGUGGGUUGUUAGCACCCGGGGCAAGGCAAGUAAUUUGCGCCCCCUAACCCGUGGAUUUGCGCCCCCUAACCCCCAGAUGUUGCACCCGGUGUGGCCGGCCCCCCUUGCACCCCCCACGCUACGCCACUGUGUUUGAUUUCUUACCAAAGUCACUGGCUUGUUACUGUUAAUAGGAGAGUGUGUGUGGUUUAGUGGCCAGAGUAUUGUAAUAAGGUUUGGGAGCCUUGGGAGCAAAGCCUCCCUGCUCAGCCACAAAUAUCACCUUGGGGCAUUUAUUCUUUCUCAGUCUAAUUCUUAAUUUUUGGCCUGUUUUCAAUUUCGUGUAAGCCGCCUCGAGUCCCAGAGUGGAGAAAACUCCACUGCAAAAAAUCACCCAACCCAGGUCAGAGCUCUUUGUGGAGAACGAUAAAUGGACUCAGGUCUCUUCUCAAGAGAGCUUUCUUCUUCCUCCAACAAUUAAGCUUAUCUUAUAGAAUAUAUACCCCAAACAGCACAGGCCCUGUACAAGCCAAGGAGAUGGAAGACAUAUGAAGGCAGCCCUGUUUAGGGAAGCUUUUAAUGUUUGAUGUAUUACAGUAUUUUAAUAUUUUUUUGGAAGCUGCCCAGAGUGGCUGGGGAAGCCCAGCCAGAUGGGUGGGGUAUAAAUAAUAAAUUAUUAUUAUUAUUAUUAUUAUUACUGAAGGAGACCAUGUUAAGGGUUCAGUUGUUUUCAACAAGAGACUAGGCUACGUAUAAUUAAAACACAUUUAGAGCACCCACAGGGACGCAGGUGGCGCUGUGGGUUAAACCACAGAGCCUAGGACUUGCCGAUCACAAGGUCGGCGGUUCGAAUCCCCACGGCGGGGUGAGCUCCCGUUGCUCGGUCCCUGCUCCUGCCAACCUAGCAGUUCGAAAGCACAUCAAAGUGCAAGUAGAUAAAUAGGUACCGCUCCGGCAGGAAGGUAAACGGUGUUUCCAUGCGCUGCUCUGGUUUGCCAGAAGGGGCUUAGCCAUGCUGGCCACAUGACCCAGAAGCUGUAAGCUGGUUCCCUCGACCAAUAAAGAGAGAUGAGCGCCGCAACCCCAGAGUUGGUCAUGACUGAACCUAAUGGUCAGGCAUCCCUUUAGCUUUACCUAGAGCAUCCACACCUCCCAGUCCUAAGAACUGCAGUUUACUUCUCACAGAGCAACCACCCCCAGCACCCUUAACAAACUACAGUUCCCAGGAUUAUGGUGUGUGGGGGGGUGUAUUUUAACUGUAUGGUGUGUAUGCCGCCUAUAGGACCAGGCAUUCGGUAUGAUUGAUCUUAUCAGCUCUCCACAUAUAGCUGUAAAAGAGUCAUGCUUGGGAAAGUAGCCUAUUCAGGCGGAUUGCGCUUCUUUCUUUGCCUCUGUGGUGAGGAACUAUUCAGCAAGAAUGGAAACUUUUAGGGCGGUACGUCAUGCCUAAUAUUAGGCAAGGUUCCUUCCAGGAUCUGAUCACUUCACUGUGACUCAUAAGAACUUAAAGAAAAGGAGCCAACAUCUCUCAGGGGCCAACCAGUUGCUUGCAUAGCUGUUGCUUUUGCAACUGUAUUCCUAAGUAUAUCCAAGAGUAGGACUUUACACCUGCCUGACAUUUCUGUAAUCCCAUUAAAAAGCCCCCUUCUUAGGGUUGCCAUAUUUCUGGAAGUGAAAUUCAGGACACAAAAGUUGUUGACCUCAAAAUUCUGGAUUUUUUGUGCCGAUUUUACGAAAUCUCCCCCCAACCCCAGACGCUAUUUCCCCCAGUUAAAUCCUGGACAUGUCCAGGAAAUUCUAGACGUAUGGCAAACCUGCCCCUUCUGGAAUAUCAAGGCCAGGCUCCUUGUACCAUAGCAGUCAUCAGGCACAUGAGCAAGAAGCCGUUACUUCAGCUCUCGGUUCAGCUCAAAGUCCUGCAGUGGCUUUAAACUAGCCUCAAUCCUCUCUGAACAUUGGCCAUUUGUGGCAAGGAGGGCAAAACAAUCUUUGGUGCUAUUCAGCUAUGUUUUACUCAGAGCAGACAGAGCAAAAUCAAUGAACCCGUGUUAAUCCUGUUCAUUCAUUUCUGUGGGUCUGCUCUGAGUAAAAUCUAGCUAACUACCACCCCUUAUCUAGUAAUCGUGAAUUCAUUCUCUAAGUGGGGAUCCUUAGGUAGCAAAAACAGCACCAUCUACGGAAUCAGCAAGCCAGAGUGUGGAUUCCAGGUUUUGCAAAGUACAAUAAAUAUUGGAGGGCGUGGGCAGCAGUGGGACCCUAAUGGAAGGGAACCCCAAAACAAACCAAUGAAAAUAAUAUUGCUCACUCCAGGGGCACAGAAUGAUGACCAAUUGGAGGGGUGGUGGUGGAAUGGAGUAUUCCCAGAUGGGUUCACUUGGAACCCUGAAUCCGAGCACUCCAUUUGCUUCUGCUUUUCAUAAAAUGGAUGUGGUUGCAUUUUCCUGAUGAAACUUUAUCAACUCCACAGAAACUCCUUCGAAAUGCUGGAAAGUCACGCUGAGGGUCUUACUGGCAGUCAGCAUCGCUCUGAACGUGGCCCUGAUCAUUGUUCUUAUAGGUAGGCUUUUGACGUAUUCUAACUCAUGGUGGGGCUGCCCCAUCUUUUCCUGGCCCUGCUCCUGUGUCAGAGACAUGGGGAACCUCAAGCUGUCAUCAUGGACUGGCUGGAUGCCAAGGAGUGGUGGGAGAAGAAGACUCAGAGCCAGGGGACUGGUGGUGGGACAACGAGGAGUGGCUGGAGAGAGAAGAGGGAGCCGACUUGGAGGAGGGGGUGUAGGGAGCAGAAAGAGGCAACAGGGUUUAGUGAGCAGGAAGAGGCUGUGGCAGAGAGCAGUCCAGAAACAGAGGCAGAAGCAGAGAUCAAGCAGGCUACUGAAGGUUUGUUAGAAGAAAAAGAAGAGUUUGGAUUUGAUAUCCCGCUUUAUCACUACCCUAAGGAGUAUCAAAGCGGCUCACAAUCUCCUUUCCCUUCCUCCCCCACAACAAACACUCUGUGAGGUGAGUGGGGCUGAGAGACUUCAGAGAAGUGUGACUGGCCCAAGGUCACCCAGCAGCCGCAUGUGGAGGAGCGGGGACGCGAACACGGUUCCCCAGAUUAUGAGUCCACUGCUCUUAACCACUACACCACUGGUGUGGUGUAGUUAGGGGUGGUGAGAUUUCUUAGGAGAUCCCCGUUCCCUGGGAAGAGGGACUGAUGGUUAACCCGCUCAGAUAAUUGUGUAUCUGUGCAGGGAAUAAGGGUCUACUAACAACACUCAAGAUGAUCAGCAGUGAUGAGAGUCUAAGCGUAAAGCAUGUUGCUAUAUCCUCAUUAUUAAGAUCGGGACAAUACUUUGCAAAACCAAAAACCUAUCAAUGGACCCCUCUUCUUCUUCUCUGCACAGUAGCUGAGCAUGCUCAGUAGCCUGUCCUCUAAGAACGUUCCAGAAGCAGGCAGAUGGGCUGAUCCACAGGAGUUUGGAGGAGGCCUGGAUAUUUCUUUUAAGUCUUGCUUGCGGUAAUUGCAUAUUUCUCCAGGUUCUUUAUCUACCAUCAGAUAUUGUUGUGGAAUGUAGUGGAGUAUGCCUGCAAGAAAGUGUGACCUUUAUCCCGGGCAGAACUUGCCCUUGGAGUUUGAAAUCUCUUGAAAUGUUAGAUCUUCUCCUCCUCCUCCUCCUCUCUUUUUUGUCCAGCGCAGCCCCAGGAGUUCUGAAGAUGUUUUUACAAUCCUGCUCGAUGUAUAUCCAGUGAAUCAUAGUUUUAUAUUUAUACAGUAUAUCAGGGCCGGCUCUACCAUGUGGCAGAGGGAGGUGGCAAAACCUGAGGUGCAGAGAGGGGCUAGAAAGGCUUCAGCUUGUUGCCCUAGCACGACUGGUGCAUCAAUGAGGCAGUGUGAGGUGAUCUGCCUCAAGUGGCAUGUUCCACAGAGAGCAGGAGAUCCCGAACCAGACUGAGUAAGCCAAAAACACAUUUGAAAGCCAAAGUUGGGGAGACACCAGCAACAACACCUUGUGGAAUGCCCCUUUUCUGUCAAGACUGGCAGUGAAAAGGGGAGGCUCCCACAGAGCAGCCAUGUUGCUGCUGGUCUCUUCCUACCUGACCAUCUGGACGGAGGACGUUGGUGGCAGACCUUGCCUCAGGCGCUGAAGGGUGUUGGACGGCCCGACAGUAUAUACCGUAUUUUUUGCUCUAUAAGACUCACUUUUUCCCUCCUAAAAAGCAAGGGGAAAUGUGUGUGCGUCUUAUGGAGCGAAUGCAGGCUGCGCAGCUAUCCCAGAAGCCAGAACAGCAAGAGGGAUUGCUGCUUUCACUGAGCAGCGAUCUCUCUUGCUGUUCUGGCUUCUGAGAUUCAGAAUAUUUUUUUCUUGUUUUCCUCCUCCAAAAACUAGGUGUGUCUUGUGGUCUGGUGCGUCUUAUAGAGCAAAAAAUACGGUACAUAAUUUACAUACAUAAUAAAGAAACGUGUGUUUAGUUUAUUAUACUGUUUGUUGUCAGGGGGCGGCCUGUGCAUGAGGCCUACUGUUGGUCAAUGCUGGUUACAUAAGGACACAGGUUCUCUAUCCCUGCCCUAACCUGAGCUAUUCUGAAAGUUUUCCAGGUAAGAAACGCGGAAGGCGGUUCCUGCUCGCCCAGUUCCCCCAAUUCAUGCACUGCACUUCCAGGAAAUCCAACAGGUAAUUUAAACACCUUUGUCUCUCUUUGAAUGCAAAGCCUACCAUAACCCUCCUUAAUAAUUUUACCAUACAUUUGUAAGGUGGUAGUACUACUGUUAAGGGAUGCGGGUGGUGCUGUGGGUUAAACCACAGAGCCUAGGACUUGUCGAUCAGAAGGUCGGCGGUUCGAAUCCCCGCGACGGGGUGAGCUUCCGUUGCUCGGUCCCUGCUCCUGCCAACCUAGCAGUUCGAAAGCACCUCAAAGUGCAAGUGGCAGGAAGGUAAAUGGCAUUUCCAUGCGCUGCUCUGGUUCGCCAGAAGUGGCUUAGUCCUGCUGGCCACAUGACCUGGAAGCUGCACGCCGGCUCCCUCGGCCAAUAAAGCGAGAUGAGCGCCGCAACCCAAGAGUCGGCCACGACUGGACCUAAUGGUCAGGGGUCCCUUUACCUUUUUACUACUGUUGUGAGACGCCUUAAGACAAACUGCAACUUGGUGGUGAGUUUCAACCCACCAGCUAAAGACCAGUGUCCAGCUCUCGUCCCUACACACGCUACCAAGAGGUCUGGGACCUUUUGCGAGAGUUAUAAUGUGCGCUCGUUGUGAAUAUGUGUUUACAAGCCUUCACCUUUUGCCCACAAGACGUUCACACACAAGAGGAAUAAAAACUGGUUUACUACCGAGUGAUAGAAUAUAUGGACGCUGCUUCAGAUAGCAAAGUUACAAAUACAGGUAACUCUCAGCUUAGGUGGAAGUUACGUUCUAGGGGUGGCAAUCGUGUAUACUCGAACCACGCCCCUUGGAACUGCCCCUACUCCAGCAAUCUUACCUUCCAGAGCUGGCACACUGAAUGGGUCUUACCACUCAAGCAAGGAGAUCCUCCCAGGGCCCUGUAAACAGGGCAGAGAGCUUAAAAUCUGUUUCCACACUGGGGAUACCCUGCACAAAGGGCUUCUAAGCCAAUCUGCCACUGUGCAUUUAAUCUGUGUGAUGUCAGCCGGUCAGCCUUAAACUAUGCAUAGUUGGAACCGCACGUGUUCAAAGCACGUAGCUUGUAAGUUCCCUGUAUAAGCGGGAAGCAACUCACACUGUAAAGGUAAAGGGACCCCUGACCAUUAGGUCCAGUUGUGACCGACUCUGGGGUUGCGGUGCUCAUCUCGCUUUAUUGGCUGAGGGAGCCGGCGUACAGCUUCCGGGUCAUGUGGCCAGCAUGACUAAGCCGCUUCUGGUGAACCAGAGCAGCGCACAGAAAUGCCGUUUACCUUCCCACUGGAGCGGUACCUAUUUAUCUAUUUGCACUUUGAUGUGCUUUCGAACUGCUAGGUUGGCAGGAGCAGGGACUGAGCAAUGGGAGCUCACCCCGUCGCGGGGAUUCGAACCACCGACCUUCUGAUCGGCAAGUCCUAGGCUCUGUGGUUUAACCCACAGCGCCACCCGCGUCCACUGACGUUUUCAGUGGAUGAGUACAAAUCCUACGAGGGCAAAGUGACAAGGAAAAAAUAACCUACUGCAAAAUGGCCCAGGGAGGACUGAGUAUGCCCAGUUGUGUGUUGGAGGAGGAAAUUGAAAACAGGGAGCAAGGAGGAAUGGAAGGGUCCACUUUCACGUUGAAGUGUCAACGGAAAGAGUAGGCAAGGGCUGAGGAACCUCAAGCCCUGUUGCGACCUUUGCACCUCUGUGUCUCACCUUUAGGAUUAAUCCCCAGGCCACACUCCUCACCCGACCUGCUUGGCUCGCAUUCCUUUUUGACCUGCGGAAUGGGUUCUUGAACUGAGAUAAGGCCCAUAGCUGUCAACUUUCCCCUUUUCUUGCGAGGAAUCCUAUUCGGAAUAAGGGAAUUUCCCUUAAAAAGGGGGAAAUGUUGACAGCUACGAUAAGGCCUCCUCCUGGCCUAGCUGGAGAGAGGAGAGAGGUAACAAACCUUCUCUCCUUUCUCCAGCCAAGCCAGCAGGAGGAUUCAAAAACAGGUGAGCAGCUGACAACACAGUCACAUCUGCUGCUCUGCUUGCUUUUGCCUCUGCACCUGCCAAUCAAAUAUAUUUCUCCAAGUUUUUGAAGGUGGAAUAUAGCAGCCAGGGAGGAAUCUACCAUCCUAUGGUGUUAUGUACUGAAGUUCUCACCCUGGGCCAGCAGGGGGAUACUGUAGAUAGUUAUGCAAAUAGGGGAUCGAAAGUGACGUUCAGUGAUUGGAUAGUUUUAGAAAAUUGUUACAGUUACGUUGUACUGGAGCUCUGUAUAAGCAGGCUGACUGAACCCUUCAGUUCAGUUCAGUUCUGUUCCGGCCUGUGAAUAAGCAAGAGCUGUUUGAAGAAUCGCUGUGUCGUCUGAUAUGUUCACCCACAACUUAACAUACGGUCUGAUCCUUCAUUUCCUUUUUUUGCAGCCCGUGUGACUCUGGAUCCAGACACGGCCCACCGGCGGCUGGUGGUAUCCAAGGAUGAGAAAAGUGUGCGAUGGGGAGAGGUGGAGCAGACUCUUCCCAACAACACCAAGAGAUUUACCCAGCGCGUUUGUGUGCUGGGCAGGGAGGGAUUCACUUCAGGCAAACACUGCUGGGAGGUUGGUGUGCAGGGCAAGGGGGAAUGGGCAGUGGGGGUGGCCAAGGAGUCUGUGAAGAGACAAGGGCUGACAGACUUCAGCCCGGCUGCGGGCAUCUGGGGGAUAGGAGAAUACGAGGGACUCGGGAACUACAUAGCUUUCACCACUCCCCACACAAAGCUCUCCUUUCGCAAGAGGCCACAGUGGAUCCGCGUGUUUUUGGACUACACUGCAGGGCAGGUGGAUUUCUUCGAUCCGGAAACCCAGACCACAAUCUACACGUUCAGUUCAGCUGCUUUUGGAGGGGAAAAGGUUCUCCCUUGGUUCCGUGUGUGGGAUGGAACCGAACUUAUUGUGCGUCCCUGAGACACUGGACUCCGCCUCUGGAACAGUCUAGGAUCUGUGACCCUGGAAAACCUGACUGAUGUCUCUCCAUAGCACCUUCCUGUAUUUUUACAUAGUUUUUAAUUGUCUUUAAAUGGUUUGAUUUCAGUUGCAUUGUUUUAAUGUUUCGAUGCUUGCGAUCCUGGGGUCCUUUGGAAGGAAAGGUGUACAGUGGUACCUCAGGUUAGGAACUUAAUUUGUUCUGGAGGUUCGUUCUUAACCUGAAACUGUUCUUAACCUGAAGCACCACUUUAGCUAAUGGGGCCUCCCGCCGCCACCACGCAAUUUCUGUUCUCAUCCUGAGGUAAAGUUCUUAACCUGAGGUACUAUUUCUGGGUUUGUGGAGUCUGUAACCUGAAGCAUCUGUAACCUGAAGUAUCUGUAACCCGAGGUACCAUUGUAUUACAAAUGUAAUGAACAAUAAGUAAGAUAAUCCUCUCAAAUUAUAGAGGCCUAGACUAAGGGAGAAGUUCCUAUAUAGUUAUAUCUCCUUAAUUGCAAGCAAACUGGUUUUCUUUUUAAGGAACCAAGGUACAACUGUGAUGUUUACCAAUAAUGCAGUUUUCCAUUGCCAGUGGCUUGCUGCUCUGCAGCGCCCUCUGGUGUCACAUUUUAAUGACGCAUUUUUAACGUUAUAAACUUCGAGCAUAGGUUCGCCAUAGGUGCUUCGAGUAACUUGGGAGCAUGUGAGUCAUUGGUCAGGGCAACAUCCUACUUUGUGCUAAUUUAGCAUCUUGUAUACAUCUUGUAUCUUUAAGCAUGGUUUAAAGAUUUUGCUUAUCAGAGGGCUUCAAAGCAGGUUUGGUCUAGCAGAUGAGCAAUAUUGGCAGUCUGGACUACUUUGAGAAAAAGUUCCCGUGCAUGUUGAGAGAACAAAAUUGAGAUAGUUCAGACCUGGAUCCUGGCAGAGAAGAAUGCUAUUUUCAUAAGCCAAUUGGCUUUCUGGAUUCAAUGGAGGGAGGCGGAAUUCUGUUUGCCAGGACGUGUCACUAUAAAAACAGUCCCUUCUCAAUACCAGCUCAGAGAAGGCAGGGAAUGCAACUGUAGAGAAGACCACGUGGAAUGAGACAAUCAGUUCGGAGAAGGACAAUUGGAAGAAGCCAAUUAAGGAAAGGAUCACAGUUUGAAGAAAGGAUUACAAUUCAGAGAAGACUUAAACAGCAGAAUUCAAAGAGCUGAACCCGUCUGCAUAUCUCCCCUUUUCCCUAUUUGCACUUGUGCAGGAUCUCUGGCUGAGGUCUUUGGUAGAUGCGUAUAUGAAUAGGGGAAAAUCUUCGCAGGGUCAAUCCCCACAAGGGCGAAAACACUUUGUUGUAUUUUGUCA